CGCAGUGAAAGAUGGCGAGCGCUGAGACGGUAGCAGAGCAUGAGCGGAUUUUGCGGGAGAUUGAGAGCACAGACAGUAACUGUAUCGGUCCCACACUGCGAUCGGUGUACGAUGGACAAGAACAUGGGCUCUUCAUGCAGAAACUGGAGGGGCGCAUUCGCAAUCACGAUCGUGAGAUCGAGAAGAUGUGCAACCAUCACUUCCAGGGCUUCGUGGACUCCAUCACAGAGCUGCUUAAAGUUCGUGGAGAGGCCCAGAAACUCAAGAGUCAGGUGACUGAAACCAAUCGUAAACUACAGACCGAUGGCAAGAAGCUCCUGACAUCAAUGGAUGAAUUAAGAAGUUGCCGUUUGCAGCAGAGGAACAUCGCCACCACUAUCGACAAACUCACUCACUGUCUGCCAGUGCUUGAAAUGUACAGCAGACUACAGGAGCAGAUGAGGGCUAAAAGAUACUACCCGGCCUUAUGCACAUUGGAGCAGUUGGAGCAGAGCUGCUUGCCGAAGGCAGGACAGUACCGUUUCUGUGCCAUCAUGGCAGAGAACAUUCCGGUCCUUCGCACGCACAUCAGGGACGUCUCCAUGUCUGACCUUAAAGAUUUUCUGGAGAGCAUACGCAAGCACUCGGACAAGAUCGGAGAGACGGCUAUAAAACAGGCACAGGUACGAAGCUCUCGACACAGUGCAGUCACACGGCAGCAGCGAGCAGGCAACGGGUGGCGACUGCGUAAAGAGCUGGGGUCUGCUACAGAAGUGGAUAGGACUGGUGGAGCCCCUCUUUCAGAAGAGAAUUCUGGAAUACUAGACGUAGAGGAUGAGGAGAACGAAGAGGUGCCGGGUGCUCAGGAACUAGUGGACUUUUCACCUGUGUACCGCUGUCUGCACAUCUACAGUGUACUGUGUGACCGAGACACGUUUGAGAACUACUACAGGAAGCAGAGGAGGAAACAAGCUCGACUAGUGUUGCAGCCACAUUCUAACAUGCAUGAAACUCUAGAAGGAUACAGACGGUACUUUAAUCAAAUUGUAGGAUUUUUCGUAGUGGAGGACCACAUCCUGCAUACGACACAGGGACUUGUGAACAGAGCUUAUGUGGAGGAGUUAUGGGAACUGGCUCUGUCAAAGACCAUUGCAGCACUACGUACCCAUUCAUCAUACAGCACUGAUCCUGACCUGAUCCUGGAUCUGAAGAGUCUGAUAGUGCUGUUUGCAGACACGCUACAGGGCUAUGGGUUUCCAGUGAACCAGUUGUUUGACAUGGUGCUUGAGAUGAGAGAUCAGUAUGGAGAGAUUCUCCUAAAAAAGUGGAAUCAGUCCUUUAGGCAAAAUAUUGAUCAGGACAAUUACAGUCCUAUCCCUGCAGCCACAGAAGACGAAUACAAGCAAAUUUUAAACCAGUUUCCUUUCCAAGACCCGGAACUAGAAAAGAUGCCUUUGCCGAAGAAGUUCCCAUUCUCGGGAUUUGUACCCAAAGUCUAUACGCAGAUCAAAGAGUUUAUUUACGCCUGUCUUAAAUACUCAGAGGACCUGCAUCUUAGUUCUACAGAAAUCGACGACAUGAUCCGCAAGUCUACCAACCUGCUGCUCACACGCACCCUCAGUCACUGUCUACAGUAUGCCAUCAAGAAGAAGAAUGUCGGGUUGGCUGAGUUGGUUCAGAUCAUUGUAAACACAACUCACCUGGAGAUGUCCUGUCACUGCCUGGAAGAGUUCAUCUCCAACAUCACCAACGUGCCUCCACUUACAGCUAACACCACCAAACUCUACGGCACCUCCACCUUCAAGGAUGCGAGGCAUGCAGCAGAGGAGGAGAUCUACACUAACCUAAACCUGAAGAUUGAUCAGUUUCUACAGCUGGCUGAUUAUGAUUGGAUGGCAGCACAAGGAGGCAGUCAGGCCAGUGACUACCUGAGUGACCUCAUUGCCUUUCUCUGCAGCACCUUCGCUGUGUUCACACAUCUGCCUGGAAAAGUGGCUCAGACAGCAUGUAUGUCUGCUUGUAAACACUUGUCCACUUCCAUGCUACAGCUAUUGCUUGAGGCUGAUGUCAGACAGGUAUCCAUGGGGGCACUCCAGCAGUUUAACGUGGAUGUCAAAGAGUGUGAAAGGUUUGCCAGGGCCGGCCCGGUGCCUGGCUUCCAGGGGGACACUCUGCUGCUCGCCUUCAUCGACUUGAGACAACUGUUAGAUCUUUUUACUCAAUGGGACUGGUCUACGUACCUCGCCGACUAUGGACGUCCCACCUGCAAGUACCUGAGGGUUAAUCCGCAUACUGCUCUUGCCCUUCUGGAAAAGAUGAAAGACACUAGUCGGAAAAACAACAUGUUUGCUCAGUUCCGCAAGAAUGAACGGGACAAGCAGAAGCUCAUCGACACCGUCAUCAAACAGUUAAAGAACCUCAUCUCUACCCACCAGUCCUGAGUUUACUGGUUACUUUGUUUGCCGAGUCCACUGUGGAAUUCUUGCUUGGUCUCCACGUCUGACAGCACCUACGACGCAAAAUACUGUCACACUACUGUGUACAAGAACAAAACAAGAACAGAUUCAUACAAGAUUGUGUGUGGAUACAGUGAGUCAAAACAGUGUGCACCUCGCCAACUGGCAUGUAUCGCUGAUUUUACUAUACAUUGUCCAUGCCUUGAGAUAUCUUCCCAUCAACAGUGUCAGCGAAACCUGGAGCUGCUCUCAUUAUACUCGUCUUCCUACAUUACUAAGCACAAUUUUUGGUUUACCCAAGUGUUUUUUUUUUUUUUUAACUAUGCAGGCUUGAUAUUC